AUGCACCGACGCGUGCCGGGACCAGGCCUCAGGGGCCUCCAGGGGGCCGAGGGCUCCUCCGAGGACUCGGGGGGCUCUCGCCCGGAGGCCGGGAGGCGUUUGGGGGUGCUGAGGGAGAAGGGCGAGGCCGAGGAGGCGGCGGGCGGCCGGAAGCGCGCUCGGCCGGUGCGCUCCAAGGCGCGGCGCAUGGCGGCCAACGUGCGGGAGCGCAAGCGCAUCCUGGACUACAACGAGGCGUUCAACGCGCUGCGCCGGGCGCUGCGGCACGACCUGGGCGGCAAGAGGCUCUCCAAGAUCGCCACGCUGCGCAGGGCCAUCCACCGCAUCGCGGCGCUCUCCCUGGUGCUGCGCGCCAGCCCCGCGCCCCGCUGGCCCUGCGGGCACCUGGAGUGCCUCGGGCAGGCCGCGCGCGCCGCCGCGGGGGGCAGCGGGGAAGCGGGCUCCAGCCCCCCGCCGCCCGCGCCGCCGCCCGUCGGCCCCUUCGCGCCGCGCUGCGCCUCGUGCUCCCCGCGCACGCCCCCCGGACGGCCCCGGGCGGCGGCCGAGGCUCAGGGCGCGGCCCAGGCGUCCGCGGGAAGCUGGCGCCGGGUCCCAGCGGCUCCCUCGGCCUGGCCGCGGGCCCACCUGCGAGCGGGCCCCGGGCUGGGCUCCCAGCGCUCCUGACUGGCUCCCGGGAGCUACCGGAGGCCUGGAGGGAGGAGCCAGUGGCCACGGCUGCAAACGGGCAGACUGCCCCAAACCCCCGGGCCACAACGGAGUGGCUGAGGCCUGAGAGAGAGAGGAGGCAGCCUGGCCAGUGGGAAGGAACUCGAGCCCAGGGCCGCACUGCCCGGCACCCCUCUCGCCGCCCGGAUCCCAAGCAGGGGUGGCGGCUCCAAGAAAGGUGCAGGAUCCUUCCGUUUGGACUUGAACUCUUCUCUCAAAGUGAUCUUUGCAGUCCUGUGCCUCUGAGUCCUGUGUUCUCUUGCUGCUCUAUAGGAGAAAGGGGGCUUUUGGACAGGGGGACUUGAAUGUGGGAGGGCGGGUGACCCCUGGUGUGGUCCGAUGACAGUGUGCUGUCCACAUCCCCUGCCUGUGCUGAUACCCCAAGUCUGUGAGCUGAGAGAGCCAACAGAAGGAGCCAAAUAAAAAGGAAAAAGUUGCCAUCUCUGUCUGCUAUAAGGUGUCCACUGGGCUUAGUGGCCCAGGGUGGCAGGAAAGCCUGAGGACUGGGAGCUCACUGCGGAAUGUGGGGACCCGGGCCUGAUGCCUGGAGGUAGGUACCUGGGGCAUUGAUUCCUGGCAAGCCCCCAGGUGUGGCUGAGCACUGUGAGGAGCACUGUGGGAGAGGACAUUAUUUGAAGAGGGGGAGCAGCACCAAGAGACUCAAGCUGGGGUCAGCCUCACCUCUGGACGGGAUACCCUGCAGAGCCGCUGUCUGCAGUGACCCACUGCCAGGGCUGCAUCAGAAGCAAAGUCUGGGCUAGUCCCAGGAAAGGAAGCCUACAGCAGACCACGGACUGGGGGGUCAGUAAGUCCUGCCUGUACCCUCAGUGUGGGUGCAUGGAGCUCCCAGGGAAAAGUGGUCUGGUGCAGCCAGAGCCUCUCUGAUGAGGGGCAGAGGUGGAAUCAAAAGAUUACAGGGAAGAGGCUAAGGGAAUUAGGGCCUGAGGCCGAGUCUGCUGAGAAAGUGGGAGGCAUGACUGGCCCUCCCAGAGAGGUCUGGAGAGCUUUGGGAUCUAAGGUGAGCACUCCCGAGCUAGU